GAGUUACCGUCAAACUAGACGUGUACUUGCUGCAUUAUUGUUAUAUAGUUUCAUCAGAAUCGGGAAAUGCGUGUGUUUACAACUCCACACAAAACUCAGCGAUAAUCCUCAUCAUCAUCCGACUCACUUUUAAUCCUUACUAAUGUGUUCAUGGCAUAAUGUCGUCAGAUUUGAUGUUAGAUUUCGUGAAUUCAUCGAUGAUGAAUAAGGAAGCGGGGGAUAUUUCCAUCGAUCAGGAUGGAGAGUGGGAUAUCAGUUUGUUUGAUGAGCUGGAGGAUUUUGGGGAUGCUGACGAGUUUCUGGAGGCUCUGGUGGAGAGUGUAGGCUAUGGCACCUCUGUUCCUGACCUGAACUUUGACAUUGAGCCCCCAACGUGGAACUCAAAUGGCUGGAGAGAAAACGGUAGCCCACGAUCAGAUGGUGAUGUAACAGUGGACUCACUGUCACCAAACCACACACUAAGUUCAGUGUCCUCACCUGCGUCAGUGGAGCCCAACUCACCGUGCUCCACACAUGAUGAGGCACUGUCUCCAGUCUCCUGGCAUUCUCAGCCCUCUCCGCUGUCUGUCUGCUCUGACUCAAGCAGCUUUGCUGAGGCACCUGCUGAGAGGAAGCCUUCCAAGAGGACCAGUCAGUCAAAAGCAAAGCCUCUCCAACCAGCGAAGAGACUCAUUCAGUUUAGCUCCAAGGUUUCCAUUCAGCCUAAACCACUCAUUACCACUGUGCCCAUCUCCCAUGCUGCAGCCCCCCUUCAGAAUAAGACCAUCAUCAUCCAGCCUUUCCAGACUACCGUUCUGCCUGUAGUGAAAUCUCCACCAGUCACCAUUCAACCAGCACCCCCUACAGGUCAGCGAAUGCUGCUAUCUCAGCCUACUCAGGUUGUCCAAAUUCAGACGCCUCAGGUGGUGCCCACACAUGUAGUCACCGUGCCAACACUGACUCAGGACAGAUCCAUCUCUGUUGUUGGGCCGGUAACAGCAUCUCCUGUGGUCGCCAUGACAAUGCAGAAUUCCACCCCUGAGGAUGAUUCAAGUGCGUCUCGGAGACAGCAGCGCAUGAUAAAGAACAGAGAGUCUGCCUCUCUCUCCCGGAAGAAGAAAAAGGAGUAUUUGCUGACGCUGGAGGCCCGUCUGAAGGUGGCGCUGUCAGAGAACGAGAAGCUGAUGAAUGAAAACGGCACAUUGAAAAGACAAGUGGAAGGCCUGAUGAGUGAGAACUCUGUGCUGAAAGCAACUGCGCCAAAACGGAGAGCUGUGUGUCUUAUGGCAGUCCUGGUCUUCUUGGUCUUCAACUUGGGUCCAAUGGGUCUGCUUGGAGGAGACAGAGGGUCUACAUUUCCUGCUGCCCCUGCGUUCAGUGGCAGACACCUGCUGGGCUUUUCCCCAGAGUCUGAGAGAAACCUGGUGUCAGACAGGCCUCAGACUGAUCCCUCUAACCCUGUGAACAGGUUAGAGGAUGUGGUAUCAGAGCAGAAGGCUCUGAUGGUGGUGAAGGAUCCUCUGUAUUUCAGAACUCCACCCCCCUGCCAGCCACCUGUCAACAGGACCAAGUGCAUGAAAAUAGCACAUGAGCUGAGGGGCUGGGUACAUCGUCAUGAGGUUGAGCGGACCAAAACCCGCCGCAUGAGCAACACUCACCACAGAGGCAGAACCAUCCUGAAAGCAGCAGAUAAACAGGCUGAGGUACCACAGAUCAUGACACAGAUCCAGUACACAGAUUCCUCUGAAAAGAUUCCCAGCAGCGAGCUGCAGGUGUAUUACGCCCCUCACCGCACCUACAAUGACUUCUUUGAUGAACUCAACAGAAGAGGGGACACAUUCUAUGUGAUCUCUUUCCGCCGGGAUCACCUCCUCCUUCCCGCCACCAACCACAACAAAGGCAGCCGCCCCAAGAUGUCCGUGGUCCUGCCAGCUAUUAAUUACAAUGAGAGCAUCCUAAAAGACAAAGAGUUUGAGGUGAUGAUGCAGAUCGACUGUGAGGUCAUGGACACCAGGAUCCUCCACAUCAAGUCGUCUACUAUUCCACCCAUCUUGCGGGUCAAUCAGACAGACACAGACUCUUUCUAUCACGCGGCCCCCACCAACAACCAGCCUGUGGCACCCGUUGGAGUCCUCAUGGGUUCUUCUUAGUCUCAGCUAUCCACUAACCACAAAAGUUGCUAAUCUAUUUUGUUACAUAAUAAGCAUUUUGUGUUCAUUUUUGUGACUCUUCUUAUUCGAGUGGCAAACCAGGAUCUUGGUAAUCAACUACCAAAUUCCCAAGAUAAUCAACAAUAGUCAACAAUUCCUCUUGAAGGCACCUCUUCAAAAUGCAUCAAGUGAGCCAUUAAAUACUGAUAAACCAUUCAAUCCAGAUUACAGUCUUUAUUCCAGGCUAUUGAUUUCAGCAACUACUUUUAUACAUGUCAUCAGAGGCAUUUAUAUUUAUGUACGCUUUAUACAAAGUGACUUCAAGCACAUUCCAGAUAUACCUAUCUUUUCAGUUUGUUUGUGCUCUACCAGCUUGAACUACAGGAGCAUUCAUUGUCGAAAUCUCCCAAACCAAACUGCGUUCUUGUUUGAUUAUCGAACCGUUCGCUGCUAUAUGUGGUAGCAGUCAGGAAACCGUCUUAGAGUCUUUGAUUUUGUUUGCAUUGUGCUUGUUUUGUUUAUGAAAUUAAUUCAAAUAAAUAUUUAUGAAGAUUUAUUAUUUGUACCAAACUUGUUUGGUACGUAUUUAAUGGUUAUAUUCAGCAACAUAUUCUUCAAUAC